AUGAAAUGGGUCUUGGUUUGUGCUCUCACGCAUCCCAAUUCCUCAAUUUUAACUUCACUUCUUCUGUUUCCAGCCAGCAAGCCUUUCCCGACUCAUCGCGUUGCUUGUCACGUGUUAGGCAAAACCGUUCAGGCCAUUUCUUUCAUUGCCCAUCUCCUCGACUCUCCACAGCGCGAGAAACAGCAACCACACCUGAUUAUCGUGCCCCCAUCAACCCACGAAAACUGGAUGCGUGAGCUGGAGAAAUGGUGUCCCGACAUUCAAGUGCUCGAUUACUCGGGUACGAGUCCUCAAGCUGAGCGUCAGCACCUGCGUCGCGGCAUUUUGAAGAAGCGCAUUAAAUUUGAAGUUAUGGUGACCACUUAUUCCGUGUGCUCGAACAAUGAAUAUGACCGCUCCCUCCUCAAAGCCUUCAAGUGGUCGAGCGUCACUUUUGACGAGGGACACAUGCUCAAGAACAUGAAAUCCCAGCGUUUUCAAAACUUGCACAAGAUUCCGGCGAAGCGUCGGGUGCUGUUGACUGGAACACCGUUGCAAAACAAUUUGCUUGAGCUCAUGUCGCUCCUUGUCUUCGUCAUGCCCAACCUCUUUCGCGAAACCGAUGUUGUCAAGCGCAUCUUCAGUCGCAAAUCAAGUGGGACAACGGCCGAGGCCAACCUGCAAGCCUCAUUGGUGAAGCGAGCCCGCGCCAUCAUGGCCCCUUUUGUCUUGCGGCGACUCAAACAAGACGUGUUGUCGCAACUCCCUCCAAAGCGCUACCGCGUUAUCGAAUGUAGCAUGACGGAAGAGCAAAACAAGGCUAGCAGCCCUACACCAGAAGGCGAGGCCGAUGCAUUGGCCUCGGCCGCGGACCCUUCUGGGCGCACCAACAACGUGCUCAUGCAGCUGCGCAAAAUGGCCAACCACCCGCUUUUGCACCGCUGUCAUUACAAAGACGAUAAAUUGGCUCAAAUGGCGAAACAAAUCUUGCGUGAUCCACAUUAUGACGAAUGCGACGAGCAGGCUGUCUACGAAGAUAUGCAAGUCAUGUCGGACUUUGAGUUGAUGAAGCUCUGCAACAAGUCACGACCCUUGCAAAAGUUUCGCCUUGGAGACGAGGUCGUGGACGAGGCAGGCAAGCUCAAAGUGCUUGAGCACUUGCUGGCCCAGAAGCAAGCAGAUGAAGCUCGCGUCCUCAUUUUUAGCCAGUUUACGACCAUGUUGGACAUUCUCGAGGAUUUCUUGACACGUCGCGGCUACGUCUUCAUCCGCUUGGAUGGCAGCACGCCGGUGUCCGAACGACAAGACCUGAUCGAUCAGUUCAAUGAGGAUGAGGAGAUUUUUGUCUUUCUUCUGUCCACCCGCGCUGGAGGCUUGGGCAUCAACCUCACCGCGGCCAACACCGUGGUCCUUCACGACAUUGACUUUAACCCGUACAAUGACAAGCAGGCUGAGGAUCGAUGCCACCGGGUAGGCCAAACAGAUAACGUCGAGAUUGUGCGCUUAAUUGCCGACGAGACCGUAGAGGUGGACAUGCAGGCCAAAGCCGAGGCCAAGUUACAGCUGGAGCGCGAUAUGACUGGUCUUAAGAAGGAUGACGCACACAUUGUCAAAGUCCAGAGUAGCCAGGAGUUUUUGGCCACGCCCAAGAGUGACAAGUAG